AUGCAGAACUUCACCGGCAAAGUUGUGUUCAUCGCGGGAGGAUCCACUGGACUCGGCAAGUCGAUCGCCGAGAUCCUUGUCGCACGCGGCGCUCACGUUACGAUAUUUGGUCGCAGGCUCCAAGUGUUGCAACAAACCCGACAGGAGCUCUUGCAGCUCGCUAUCAGCCCGAAGCAAGAGAUCAAUGCCGUCGCGCUUGAUCUUAUGAAUGCGGCACAGGAAACUCAUUCGCUUCUCAAACUGUGGAUCCACGAAGACAAGAAGAGCUCUGGAAACGAGGGACAGAAGACGCGGCAGCUUAUCUUCAUUAGUAGUGCAGCUGCCCUCUGCAAUGUUCCUGGCUAUAUUGCUUAUGCAGCCCCCAAAUGUGCCCAACGGGCACUCGCUGACACCCUCCGCCAAGAAGCCGCCAUCUACUCUACUGCAACCUGCCAGUACAAGGUGCACUGCGCUUUCCCGAAUACCUUCAUGACGGAUGCGUUUCUGGACGAGCAGAAGACCAAGCCCGAUCUCACCAAGCGGAUUGAGUCGUCUGAUGGCCCUAUUGAGAAGCUUAAGACGAAGAUGCUUUCGGCUGAAUAUGUUGCAGAAUACAUUGUCAGAGGGGUGGCGAAGGGGGAUUUUGCUCUCGUCAGUGACUUCGACACGGAGGUUCUGUGGAGCAAUAUGGUUGGCUCAUCGCCCAAGAGGGGCUUUGGCUUCGUCGACUCUAUCCUUGGGCUGCUUUCGGGGUUCUUGGUCUGGCCGAUUUUGAGAUACAUCUGGACGCGCAUGUGCACCCAAACUCAGAAGAAGAGUGUGUGA